AUGGUUUGCAGUUUGCUUGAAAUCCGAUCACAAUUCCAACAUGUUUGGUUGUCGCGAGCGAUACCAAGCACGCUUCCGAAUGCUCUAAAAAUGUUCGACAAUCUUUUUCGUUGGCUAAGGAAGUGUUUUGACUAUCUUGGUUUAGGCAUUGACGUGUUUAGGUACAAUCCUGAAAAUGUUAAUGAGCUGGCCAAAUGUGUGCAAUUAAUGGCUUCAGAAAAUAGAUAUGAUCGCGAUAUUGUUCUAACUGUACUGAAACUCUACCAACUCAACCCGGACAAAUUUGACGAAGGAAUUGUUCGACUUGUUCUCUUGAAAACGUUGAUGGUGCUUCCAAAAAGUGACUUUGCUCUCGCUAAAUGUCUGAUUGAUUCAAAUCGUCUAGGGUCGCAAGAGCUGCAAAGGGUAUUGGAUCUUGGGACUGUGUUGGAAGCUUGUGACUUCGCUGUUUUCUGGUCGCUUAUCAAAGGAGAAUACAAACCAAGAACUGACGCCUCUGAGCCGUUCAAAGUUCCACAAGAAAUUCCGCGGAUGAUCAAAGUUGUGGUUGGGUUCGAAGAGGCUGUUAGGGCGUAUGCUUGUCAAGUUAUUAGUGUGACGUUUCAAAAUAUUGAGAAAUUAACUCUGAGUCGGUUGCUUGGUGAUGCUACUGACAAGCAAGUUGCUGAGUACGCUAAAAGGUUUGGAUGGGAAGAAAGACCAGAUGGUGUUUAUUUUAUCGCGAAUCAUGAGGCAACGAUUCGUACGAGGAAUAUUGAUGAAAAGUUGCAGUUCUCCAGUGAGUUUUUUUUCCACGUCGUUGUUGUUCGGUUGAAUUGUAUCAGACCAGUGAUUAGACUUGUUCUCGUUUUUAAUAUAUAUGUACAUAUAUAUACGUGCAUAUAUGUAUACAUAUAUAUAUUAUAUAUAUAUAUAUAUGCCGAUUUGUGCUCCCCACAGCAAUCCCGCCGACCGGUGAUUGCUGAUGACAGCGUUGAGUAG